UCAUCAUUAUCCUUGUGAUUUGUGAUGCUUGUAUUAUUCUAUUUAUUAAUUAUUAUUACUCCAUCCAUCGUUCAUCACUGUAAUUCAUGCUCAUUUUAACAUUGUGAAAUAUUUAGUGGAAUUACUAUAUAUAUAUAUAUAUCAAUGUACUGCUGCAUAAAUGGGUGCGCCAGUAAAUCACUGGAUAAUAGACAUAAAUUGAAUGGUGCAGAGGUCUUGUAGAAAAAAACGAAAAACAAAUAUCAGCGCAGCGCUUGAUGUAGCCAAAAGUGGUGAAGUUGAUGGCUGUGUUCUUUCAAACGUCAUUUACAUCAUACGCUUUUUGCUUUGAUAAUCACAUUAACGAUAAAAAUGGUUCACAACAACAACUGUUGUGUGGUUAACUGCAAAAAUACUGGACGAAACAGUAAUUGUAAAUUUUAUAGAUUUCCAACAUCAAGUUGGAGAUUCGACCAAAGAACACAAUGGAUAGCUGCUGUAAGAAGAGUAAAUACUGGUACUGAUGGAUCUCCAUGGACCCCUCGAGAGCAUGAUUCUAUAUGCAGUGCACAUUUUAUCGGUGGAAAAAAGUCAGAUGAAACAGCCAGCCCUAGUUAUAUCCCUACUAUAUUCUCGCCAGUCAGAAAUCCAGAUACAUUUGAACCAUCUCGAGGCACAAGAAUAUGCAACAUUCAUUUUAUUGGCAACAAGAAAUCAGAAAACCCUCACCACCCGGCAUACAUUCCUAAAAUAUUUGCUGGUAAUAAUGAAUAUCUGACACCAGCCCCGGUGCCCAAGCAGCCAGAACUGCCUAAAGAUGUGCCCACCUUCUCUAUGCUCCCGGCUCUGCAAGUAGUCCCCAUUGAACCAUUUAUUCCCGAGGAAGUUGAUAAUUGUUGUAUGAAUUGUGCAGCAAUUACUGAUGGGUUCUUGUUCUGGUGUGUGCAGUGUUGUUGUGGUCCGCUUUGCGUCGCGUGCGCUGAGUGCGCGCCGCACGACGGACACUACUUGCUACGCACGCCAAGGGGCGCCACGCACAGCCAAACCCAGGCAGUGCUAGCAGUCAUAAGGCAACAGCUGCGGACAGAAAACUUACUAACACUAUACGAAAUUGAUAACGAUGGUGUGAAAGUGGAAAUAAAGGAGGAACCAGAGGAGUCGUCGCUCGCAGAGCCCGCAACGGAGCCCGACCCACUGGACCCGCUAGCCCCGCACUACCCUGACACAGGCGAACAGGUUGAACAUGACAAUCACUAUUUAACAAAGCGUCGGCGAAACAUGCCUACAGAAAACAACGCUACACAGCCAAAGUCUUUGGCAAAGCUUCAACCUAAGACUUUUAACUCACAAACUAUCGUAAAGGACACGCCCAGCGGUUUAAAAACUGUCUUAAAACCCACACCUAUCGGUCUAAAAAAAGUCUUAAAACCUAUUCCUAGCGGUUCACGACCUGUCUUAAAACUAAAACGCAUUCCUAGCGAUUCAAUUUUAAAAACCACGCUUGACAGUCUCAAGAGAUCUCAAAAUGUCCCAAAAGCCACGUCUAGUAAAACCAGAAAGUCACAGACUGUCUUAAAAAUUAUUCCCAAUGACCCGAAACCAAAAACUCUCCUACAAGUCACUCCUAACCAUCUUGAAGGAACACAGAAUAUCCUUAACCAACCAAGCGAUAUUAAAGAGCCACAAACAGAAAGCCAACCAGGCAAACUGAAAAUCAAAAGAACCCUUUUAAAGGUUCCACUUAGUGAACUCACAACGUCAAAAACUCACCAGAACCCUAGUGGGUUGAAAACGCUACGGAAAGUCAAACCAGGCGAAAUUUUGAAGCUUGAAAAGAUCCAAAAGAUUCUCAAAGGGACAGCUUUUCAACAGAAUGAUCCUAAAGGGCAAAAACUUCAUAAUGUCCUCAAGGGCUUCUCUACCCCCCUGAAAGUUACCUCAGAACCCCCUCGAAACAGUGAAUAAUUGAAACGAUGAGCUUUUGUUGUGAAAGUGAUACUUUCCACUAUGAAAUUGUCAGCGACAUUUUUAAUACUUUUCCAAGCAUAAUACGAUUUAUCUACAAUAUAAUUUCAAUCUUAGUAAUUCAAUUUAAGUACAAGUUAGAUUGGACUUUCGGGAAAUGUAACUCGUCUCCAAAGCUGAAUGAAUUGGAAAAUAUUUAAAAUAUUGGUGCGGCCUGGAAAAGGGUUAAAUUAUAAUUCCUUUAUAUGUACCUACUGUUUUCACUUGCGAGGCAUAGUUUGAUUCGAGGGUCAAGAUUAUCAUACUAUUUGAGAGACGUCUGGAAACUAAUGUGUUCUAUAGCCGCUAGGAGCUAGGACGGCACAAUCACUAUAGAUAACUUGAUUUGUGUUACAUAUUCCCUCUCGUUGUGUACAAUCAUGCACUAACUACAAGUUUCUGUUUGACCCAAUGGUUGACUGGUAGAGAAUGCCUUAAGGCAUUAAGUCUGACAUUUGUACAAUUUUCUAUCGUGCAAGUUUCAAGUUAAAAAAAAUAUAUAUUUAAAGCACUGCACGAUUACGAAGAAGAUUAGACAUAGAAAAUAGAGAUGAAAGUAUAUUCUAUUUGAAAUAGAUGGAGAGUUAAUUGUGAAAUAAAAAAUGAAAUCGCCGUACGAAGUAUCGGAUGUCGGUAAACGAAAAACACAGAAAUUGAGGUGGGACAUUGGGCGAGAAGGAACGGAGAUGGACAAGACAAGUCACUGAAUGGCGGCUAAAGUGGGCAAAAAUAACGGUGUGGAGAGUAUCGACUAGAUGGUCAGAUAUUUGCUGGACAGCAGGUAAUGGAUGAGAGCACAGGACCAAAGAGGGGCGGAACAUUUGAGAGGAAGUCGGUGGAGGGAAGUGUCGCUGUUUGUCACAAAUACACGUAAUUUUAUGGAAUGUUACUCCACAAGUUAUAACACAAAUGAGGGCAGCACUGGUGCACCCAGCGAAUACUAGCUCUGAAUAUAAUAAUAAUAAUUAAGGCAGAUGUAGAAGUUAAUUCUGACGUUAGUAGAAGAACGCAACAAAGACCCUUGUGACGUCCAAGUGAAAUGGUUCGAAUGCUGAUUUCAGAAGCUGAGGUGCAGCUGCAGCGCGUUUCCUCGUUAGAUAUGUAUAAGAAGACGGCGCAAAGAAUAGGCCAACAGAAGACUGAAAUAAAAUUAUUGAAUAUCAA